UCUUAUGUGGAUAAUAUACGUCGACAAAAACAACAAGAGGGAUUGUCACUAUUUUCUAACGUUGUUGACGCGCAUCUAUUUAUAACGCGACAGCGGAAGGCGCGUCACAACAGAGCGCGGCGAGCGAGUACAACUUUUAUGAGUAGUUGUUUCUUUAGUAGCAUCUGUGUGUGCCGAGUGAGUGUAGACGUGAUUAGAUGAUCUUCGCCGUAAAAACACGGCGAUCAGAAGCAGUUGUGUCCCUGUCGGUGACCACGCCACCCAUGGAGGGUUGAGGUAGAGAUGGCGACAGUGAACGGAGACGACGGGGGUGGCUCCCCACCCCCUCAUCUACCCUGGGCUUUAUUUUGUGAACAGCAUGCGAAAGCCGCAGCCGUGGAGUUUGUGCGAUCCUUCCUCUUAUAUCAAAGGAGUUCUAGUUUAACGGACUCUCGGGACCCGUGUGACUAUUCCCGAAAAUUUGCGGAAUGUUUUCAACGCCAAUUCGCCCUUGAAAUUCGUAGAUCGUCUUUUGUGUUAGAUCAGAGUGCAGAAGCUAAAUUGAUUGUACCGGAGGAAACCUCCCCCCAAGAAAAUGGCUCGGCUGACUAUACCGACCAGGACAUCCAUCUCGGUGAGGCCAGCCCUUCCAAAAGAACACACAAAAGUCUACUACGCAGAUUAUCUUUUAAAAACAUUCGAAAGGGAAGAUUAUUCAAGCAAUCUUCGGACGAGCUUGAUGUAUCUGACACUAAUCACAGAAAACACAAGCACAAACAUGAUAAAUCGAAACAAGGAAAAUUGACGAGCAAAUCCGAGGGACAAAUCGAAUUGAAAAAAGAGGGGGUUGUGCAUGUCCUCAGUGGGGAGGAUUCUAAAGGAAAAUCCAAAUGGGAGCGGACACGUUUAGUACUUCUCAAAACCACAGGAGGAUAUUUGCUGGAAUUUUAUUCACCGCCUAAGUCCAUGAAGCCAAAGUCCGGGUUGUUCUGUUUACUCAUUACUGAUGCAAGGGAGACAACUGCACUAGAGAUGCCAGAUCAUGAAAAUUCUUUUGUGAUGAAGGGAGAAGGCACGAUAGAGUAUGUGAUCGAGGCAUCAUCGUAUUCAGAGAUGAAGAGCUGGCUGGAGGUGGUUCAGGGGGUGAUACAGCACAACCGAUGUACAGAAGAUGAUUCUCAGGCCAUGAGACCAAGGCUUCCCACUGCUCCAUCAGGCUCAAUAGAGAGAAAAGAGUCCCCUCCUAUCAGUGCCCACCAGCGCAGUUCCUCUCAGGGUUCCAUUGGAGCAAACCCACCGGAGGUGCCUCCUCGUCCUUCCCCCCGACCGUGGAGCACACCCCAUGCCACGCCUGUAUCCAGUAGAGUAUCAAGUGCAGUGGAUGUGGCCGGUUCACCCAGAUACGACAGUGGCUUCGAACAUCGGGAUAUGCUUGGUGAAGGCUCAAUUGACACAAUGUUGCGGGAAUAUCCCUGGUUCCAUGGGACCCUGUCUCGAGCUGAAGCUGCUCAGCUGGUCCUGCAACAAGGUCCGAUCGGACAUGGCGUGUUCCUUGUCCGGAAGAGUGAGACACGGACAGGGGAAUAUGUCCUCACUUUUAACUUCCAGGGUAGAGCUAAGCAUUUACGGAUGACAAUUAACAAUGAAGGGCAAUGUCGUGUACAACACCUGUGGUUUCAGACAAUAUUUGACAUGCUGGAGCAUUUCCGUACACAUCCUAUCCCACUGGAAUCUGGAGGGUCAUCGGAUGUUACCUUAACAGACUAUAUCGUUGCCAUGGAGAGGCCGCGUACUCCUACGACCUUGCCGCGGGGAUCACCAAGAUCACAUGGAAAUGCAGGGGGGAUCAGAAAUUCUUUAUCAGCACAUCAUGGGCAUUUUGACAAUAAUCGUGACAUUGUUGUGAUAAGUGGUUCUGUGAGGUCAAGGACAUCGUCCAUUGAGAAUGUUGUACGGGAACAGGCCCAAGGCUCACAGCAACAGCUCUCUCAUGGCCGGGCAGUGGAGAAUCACUACUCGUUUGUGUGAUUGAGAGUCACUUGUUACGUGUUACACUGUUGGAGUUAACCUAUAGAGUCAUCAAAUCCAGAUGCUGGGUAGACAGGUGCAGCUUGCACAAACUGUGGUACAACUGCCAGUCCUUCGGGGAACAGCCGUGCUCUGGUAGUGAUCAUGGGGUGACAAAUUUUGUAGGUCCUAAUUAGUGAUUUCAGGUAUUCAUUGGACCAUCAUUCUCCGGGUUUAUUAUGGGAGAAGAUUUAGGUUUCUCAAUAUCAUGGCUGAUAACAGUGGCACUCCUGUAUGUUCGGGUCAGUUCGUACUGUAAAUUCACAUACAUGGCGAAGAUACACAGUGGAGAUUCACAGUGUCAUUGAGCUAACAUUCAGGACAUAACCAAACCAAGGUGAAGCUGUACCUUAAAAUUCUUACUCCAUAUUUGAGAAGAUUGUGAUGUAAAACAGUGACCUCAAGUAUUCAAGGGCGUGAGAAUCUGAAGUGAACGGGCUACGUUAUGUAUCCUAUCACUGAGGUAGUGAACACUGUUAGGGAGCAGUUGCAUCAUGGAACUCUAAAAAUAAAGUUUUAGGACUGAGUGUAUAGUUUUUGAUUCGGGGAGAACCCAUGCUAACAUGGAACUAAACGAGCACAGGAAUAGUUCAUUCUGGUUGGAUGAAUGCAUUGUCCGCCUGUUUUCAUGCAUAGCUGCCAGUGUGCAGGAUGAACAGGUUGAUGUUUCAUAUCUGUUUCAGAGGAAAUCUUUUGUCUAAUUUAUUGAGAAGUCUAAAGGUUAUAGUAAUCCCAUUUUUAUCUGAUUGUGUAUGUGAUAUAUUGCAUUGAGAACUCACUGCAAGAAGUUUAUUUAACUAUAUGUACAUCUUUUUAGCUUUCUUGAGUGUUAUGUCAAUUGUGAUAAAAACUGUUAUCAACAUAGGCAUCUUUAAAUCUUUUAUAUAUUUUAAAUUAUCAUCCAACUUCAAAGCUAGUGCUUAUUGCUAUGUACAAAGUUUUACUUAAGUGUUUUUAGUUUUAGCAUGUAGUCUUCCAUUAUUCUUCAGAUCAGUGUCACUCUAUACAAAGUCGGCAUCAUGCAACUCUUUCUGAAAAUUGUAUUGAAGAAGGAUGGUUUUAAAUGAUAUUCUAUAAUACUGUUAUAUGAUGUGCAGAGUUACAUCCCUUGGGAUGCUAGGAUGUGCUGAUCAUUGAUUUGAGUCCCAGAAUUAACAUGAUUGUGAACAUUGUAUGUCAGCACUAUACCUGCAGGGUUCAUGAAAGUGAUAAACGUCCUACACCGACAUCACUCUAGGCUCGCAAGCAGUGAUACUGCUGAAAUACUGGUCAGAGUGAUGUUGUUGAACCAAUCUGAAUACUGUGAUGUUAAACCUCACCCGGAUACUGAUCAGAGAAACUACUUGAUGAUACUUAAAGAAAACCUCAACCUUCUUUUCCCCAGAUGGACAUGGGUGAUCUCAUUAUGUUAUGAAAGGGCUUAGCCAGCUGUUUUACAUGAAUGUGAUUGAUAGUCCUCAUGCCAAUGCUUGUUUGGAGAGUACCCAUGUUGUAUGGUAUGUCAGUACACCUCCUAGGAAGUAGGGGGCGGCGGGGUGGCCUUGUGGUUAAAGCAUUCACUCGUCACACCGAAGACCUGGGUUCGAUACCCACAUGGGUACAAUGUGUGACGCCCAUUUCUGGUGUCCCCAGCAAUGAUAUUGCUGGAAUAUUGCUAAAAGUGGCAUAAAACCCAACUCACUCACUCACUUAUCGAAAGUGGGAAUCUGUAUUGUUGAAAGCAGUGCCCAGUUCACUCCAUGUAGGCGACAUGGAUGACCCAGUCGUCAGUUGGCCCAGUAGAGCUGCUUUACUUGGGUAUGAAACCUCCAGUUGUGGGUUCAAAUCCCCAUUAUAUUUCUGGGUUGGCCCACACCAUACCUGUGGUCAAGGGUUUCACUUCAAUUUUUCCUGUCCCAUUCCGCUGAUGUGAUGAGAGCUGGUAUACUGUUGGUGUGGUACUGAAACAAACUCACUCACUCACUCACAGAAAACGUUUUUUCCACUGUUUGCUGGCCUUUCAGUUGACAGUUUAGGCUGCCCGAUGACGACAGUAGUGGCUUGUAUUUUCAGUAUUAUUCAAUUAUUCAUACUCCUCAGCUCAUAGGGCUUUUAAUUUAUUUGCUAUACUACAUGACAUUUGUUUUCAGCAGAAGGCAAAGAACCGUAUGGGUUUCAGCAAACAAAUAUGAAGACAGGCCAAUAAUUGUAAUGUGUCAAUGCAGAACAGGAGGUUCUUUCUCUGCAGAUCACCACCAUGGGCUGGAGACAAUGGCUGGGGCUGCCAUUCCCCUUCCAGAGUUAUCUCCUUGAUGCAGUGAUAGAUACAGUGAGUGAGUGAGCAAUAUUUCAGCUGUAUGGUGGCAGUCUGUAAAUAAUCGAGUCUGGACCAGACAAUCCAGGGAUCAACAGCAUGAACAUCGAUCUGUGCAAUUGGGAU